CUUCCUGAGUUUAGGGAAGGGGCUUGGUCCCGUGCCUGCGCUCCGCGAACGCGCAUCAAAUUAGCAUCGAUGAAGUUUGUGCGAACAUGGCGGAUUUCCUGCCGACCAGGUCCGUGUUAAAAGUUUGUCUACCCGUCUGCUUGCUGAACAGCGGCGAGGUGGAGCAGGUCCGAAAGUCAAAGGAGAUCGACAGAUGUCUCUCCCGGGAGAAAACGUACGUGAAACGGCUGGUGAAGAUCCUGCUGCUCGGCGCUGGCGAGAGCGGCAAGUCGACUUUCCUCAAACAAAUGCGGAUCAUCCACGGCCAGGACUUCGACCAGCAAGCCCGAGAGGACUUCAGAGCCACAAUUUACAGCAACGUUAUCAAAGGUGUACGUGUGUUGGUAGAUGCCCGGGAGAAGCUGCACAUUCCGUGGGGUGACCCAGAAAACCAGAAGCAUGGGGACAGCCUGAUGGCGUUCAACACCCGGUCGGCUAAGAUGGCCAACGGGCAGCUGGAGACGCCCGUCUUCCUGCAGUACCUGCCCGCCAUCAAAGCUCUGUGGGACGACUCGGGCAUACAGAACGCCUAUGAUCGCCGCAGGGAGUUUCAGCUGGGUGAGUCAGUGAAGUAUUUCUUGGAUAAUCUGGAUAAGCUUGGCGAGCUGGAUUAUCUUCCCAGUCAACAGGAUAUCCUGCUGGCUCGUAAACCCACCAAGGGCAUCCACGAGUAUGACUUUGAAAUCAAGAGUGUUCCCUUCAAGAUGGUGGACGUGGGAGGGCAGCGGUCAGAGAGGAGGCGCUGGUUCGAGUGUUUCGACUCGGUUACCUCCAUCCUCUUCCUCGUCUCCUCCUCUGAAUACGACCAGGUGCUGAUGGAGGACAGGCAGACCAACCGGCUGCGCGAGUCGCUCGACAUCUUCGAGACCAUCGUCAACAACCGCGUCUUCGUCAACGUUUCGAUCAUCCUCUUCCUCAACAAGACAGACCUGCUGGAGGAGAAAGUGAAGAGCGUUCCGCUCAAGGACUACUUUGCCGAGUACACUGGGCAGGAGCACAACCUGCCAGACGUCCAGGCGUUUAUGGUGGAGUGCUUCCGGGACAAGAGACGCGACGCCACCCAGAAGCAACUGUACCACCACUUCACCACGGCCAUCAACACGGAGAACAUCAGGCUGGUGUUCCGGGACGUCAAGGACACCAUCCUCCAUGACAACCUCAAGCAGCUCAUGCUCCAAUGACCCCUGUCAACCUGUGAAAAUAGAGGACCUGAAUGGGGACAAACUACCCCCUCGCUCCUGAAGAGGACUUGACGAGACCUUGAAGAAUCAGAUAGACGUCAGCGUUCUUCUUCUUCAGCUGUUUUUAUGUUAGUUUUUACACUCCUCUUUGAAGAGUUGGCCUAUUGUUAGUUCAGGGUUUGGUAGGGGAACGAGUCAGUAGGGUUAUGAAGAACGACAAGCAGGCGGUUUUAAAGUUGGAUAACAUUUGAACUCUGCUACUUCGUCUAGAGACUCUCUCCUCUGGUCUGAGCACCACCUUACAGCACAAGAUUUGCUGCGGCUUUUCGACUCACAAGUUGCCGGUGCUGGCGCAAACCAGCAAAACCUAUUACAAACCGGGCACAUGGUCUCUCAACCAGAUGCAUAACUUGCCAAGCAACAAAUACAGGAAUUAGUUUGUUCAAACAACAUGUAGGAUUUUAGAUGGUUCAAGGUCAGCAUUGCGCCAAUAUUGAUUUGCCAGUCUGCGUACAAGCAUUGAAUUAAUCUAAUCCAAAACCACUCCAUUAAUUCUGGUGCACCCCUCUAGUGCUGCUUUGUAAGCCCCUGUAGUUUGUAGAAGGGUUUGCCAACCUGCGGAUUAUCUAGUGACUGCACGAUUGUCCUCAUUUUUUCUCAUAUUGCAGCACCGUUUUCCUCCCUCUCCCAGACCCAGUCACAGAGCCAUUGUUGCCGGGACAAGGACUAGCUCAUUGUUUGCGAAAGCUCUCAGAAUGGUUCAAUAUUUGAUCUGGAAAAUGGCUCCAGCAGUGGUACCUUGUCUGUGGAAAAACGCUAGAAAAGGGCACAACCGCACGACUGAACCGACAACACCUUUCCCUAUAUUGUCUUAUGUAGACUUAAUCACUGUUUAAAUCCUGCAUUUGUGCCUUUGCCUCUAUAGAAUCAAAGCCAAUCCUCGCUGCCUUCAGAUGAUAACUAAGAUGCAAGUUGUCCCUUGUUUUUGGUUGUAGGACAAAAUUAGCUUAAACGGCACAUUAGGCAGGUGUGUCGGCAAGUGAACAUGCAGUCCACUGUUUUCUCAGGGUUGAAUCAAAACCAGCGUACAUGCUGAUGUCAUUGUUGGUGAACUAACUGAAUAAUUGAAUCUUUAUCAGGGUGGCAGAGCGGCGAGAUUCAGCCAGGCCUCAGUACAGUCAGCUGGGUGGUGUUUGGUACUGUAUCCUCCCGGCUUUGACCCCUGAAAGUUGACCCAAAGACCCGCCCCACCACCCCCACCCUCCUCCCUCUCUUUGUUUUCUAUCUCUGAUUAGAUGUAAAGGGACAGACCUCCCCUUUUUGCCUGAAUGAUGAAUGUCUGUUUAUAGAUGUACAGAGAUUUGAUGUUACUGUAACCAACAUUGUAAUAGUAAGCUGUAGCUUACCGAGUUGUGACUCCAGGCGUCUCUGAAAUAACCCUUGAAGGUUUGUUUGUUUUUUACACGCCAUCUUGUCCUGUUUAGUAGUUCCCUUUUUUAUUUUAUGAAUUUGCUAAGGGGGGGGGGGGGGGGGGAUUAGGUGGAAAAAGGCUACUGUAUCUUGUAGGGGGCCAAUCUUUGUUAGAGGACAACUUCCAGGCCCUGUUCAAAUCUGUGCUUCUCCGCCAAAUCAGCCCACGCUUUCUUGCGACUGUUCACAUCGAUAGCGUGUAGUUUUUCUCCCAAAAAAAACCUCCUGUUCACUUCAGUUUGCUUCCAGUUCUGGCUCUGUAUAUACUGUAAUCCGUUGCCAUGUAAAUAAUAUUCAGGUUUAUCUCUGUGUAUGUAAAUGGUUAUAGAAAUGGAGUAUGUUUCCAUUCUGAAUGUGUUUCAAAUCCCUGCUUUUCCAAUGAAGAUGACCUUUUUGAUUUUAGAUGUAUUUUUGUGUAUUGUGUAUUUUCAUCACCUUAAAAUGUAUUCCUGUGCCAAGUCUCAUGCCACUCUAACCCUAUCAAUAAAAUACACAUUUCUAAUGAAA